CAGCAGGGGGGACAGCCAGCAGGGGGACCACCAUGCCCGGCUCGUCUUUCAGCAGCCCGCCCUGUGCCAGCGUCGCUCCGGCCUAGUGGAGCUGCGGAGCUGCGGAGGAGCGGAGCGGAGCGGAGGCUCGGUGCUGCUGCUGCACCGGGGGGACGGCCAUGAGAGUCCGCAGUUCCCGCCCUGCCCAGCCCGCACAGCCCGCCCGAGCCUGAGCCUGAGCCUGGACCCGCGACCGGACCCGACUGGACCCGACUGGACCCCGACCGCACGGCCGGCUAGCUGCUAGCCCCAGCCCGCCGUGUCCCGGGCCGUGCCCGGCCCCCGUGCCCGGCCCCCGCCAGGCCGCAUGGCCGCCGGCCGGAGCUCGUAGCUCGGUUCAGCUGAGCGGGAGCUGCUGUGGAGCUGCUGUGCAGCAGGGCAGACAUGAUGGACUGGAGGCGGCUGCUGCGGGUCUCCAACCGCUCCUUCCUCGCCUUCAUCUUCUUCUUCUCCAUGUCCACCACCUGCCUCUACUUCAUCUACGUGGCCCCGGGAAUAGCCAACACAUACUUCUUCAUGGUGCAGGCCCAAGGAAUCAUCUUGAGGGACAAUGUCCGGACCAUCGGCCAGAUGAUCAGACUGUACACCAACAAGAACAGCACCCUCAACGGGACGGACUACCCGGACGGCAGUAACUCCAGCGAAUACCUGGUGCAGCCAACGACGUACCUCCCCGAGAACUUCACCUACUCCCAGAACCUGCCCUGCCCAGAGCGACUACCUUCUAUGAAGGGCCUUAUGGACGUGAACAUGACGGAGAUCCCCAUGGAGGAGACGGAGCACAAGUUCACCCGGUUCUUUGACAUGGAGUUCGGAGGCCACUGGAAACCCAAAGACUGCAAACCUCGAUGGAAGGUGGCCAUCCUGAUCCCCUUCAGAAACCGGCACGAGCAUCUCCCCAUCCUCUUCCAGCACCUGAUCCCCAUGCUGCAGAGGCAGCGGCUGCAGUUCGCCUUCUACGUCAUCGAGCAGAGCGGGACGCAGCCCUUCAACAGAGCCAUGCUGUUCAACGUGGGAUUCAUGGAGGCCAUGAAGGACGUGGACUGGGACUGCCUGAUCUUCCACGACGUGGACCACAUCCCUGAGAACGACCGGAACUACUACGGCUGUGGUCACAUGCCCCGCCACUUUGCUGCCAAGCUGGAUAAGUACAUGUACAUUCUUCCUUACAGUGAGUUCUUUGGUGGCGUGAGUGGACUGACGGUGGAGCAGUUCAGGAAGAUCAAUGGCUUUCCCAACGCCUUCUGGGGCUGGGGAGGAGAGGACGAUGAUUUAUGGAACAGGGUUCACUACGCUGACAUGAACAUCACGCGGCCAGAGGGAGAGAUCGGCAAGUACAAGUCCAUCCCUCACCAUCACAGAGGAGAGGUGCAGUUCCUCGGCAGGUAUAAACUGCUGCGGUACUCUAAGGAGCGGCAGCACCUGGACGGCCUCAACAACCUGCGCUACACCCCCCACACCUCCCUCUGCUGCCUGUACAAGAACAUCUCCGUGGACCUGUCUCCCGAGCUGGCCCCCAUCUCAGACUACUGAGGGCCCCCUGGACCCCCACCGCCCCACAGCGGGGCCCCCGGGGAGCCCCGGGGCCCCACCAACCGAGGCACACGCUGGGAGGGAGGGAAUCGCACCUGGAAACGCUGCCAAGAAAUCUGACUGUGGCAAAAAAGAGAAUCUGGAUUUAAAAAAAUGAAAAAGAAGAACAAGGAGUUAAGGAGUGUACCAGUCCCUGGCAGUGAGCUGUCGGCGGUGUGUGUGUGUGUGCGUGUGUGUGUGUGUGUGUGUGGCUGGGUGUGUGCGUGCCUGACGUGUUGCUGCAUGUCUCCGUUCAUCCUAGCGUAACGACCAGCCGACUCCAGUCCUGGUUUCAGCAGCAUCUCACUCCGAUGUUUACUGCAAAGCCUUAACGUGGCAGAAGCUCAGCUCUGCUCACAUCUGCACUGCUUCACUCCUGAUCUGCCACCGUCACCCCAAGAGCCCCAAAAAAUCACCCAAAUCCUUUGACACAUAUCAUUUCGUCGGGCCCCAGAAAUCCUCCGGGAGGAAGGGCGGCCCACGGAGGUGACGCCUGGUCCCAGGCCUCAUUUCUCCUUUGAUUUUGUAUUUAUUGUCUCUGAUUCAGGAAGUUUUGUUUUGCUGCACUUGCUGCUGAAUCUGCAACAACUUGGAUGUAAAUAUGAGCUUCUCCAUGCGCCAACGCAGAUCACACACAUGUAAAUACGAGCCUCAGUGGUGAGUCACAGUCCGGUUGGUUUGAAUUGUAUUUUGGCAGCUACCUUUGUUCUGAGAACUUAAUCAGAGUGAUGAGCUUCUUCCCCGAGCGGAGGAUCUUCUAACCGUGUUUGGCUCAAAAACAGAUUUGUCAUUAUUUUUAUUGCAUGCCUUAAUUUAUUAAGUUUACCGCAUUUUUAUUUCAUUUGAAAGAGAACCAACUUCAUCAGGUGGAGAUGUGUAUAUUUUUACUUUUGCCUUCUGUUGUGCUUUUCUUUGUGUGUGUUUGUGAACAGAGUCGAGCUGCUUCUCGGUAGGGGGGUCGGGCAUCUUUCCUACCUGAUUUUGUUCCAGGAAAAAAAAAAAAAACAGUUGCCAGAGUGUCACGACACGCUGUAGUGCCACUUCAGUCUCCCACCGGUGGAUGUUUCUGUCUCAGAGGUGUUUGCAUCUUUUUUCUAUGAUUAAAUAGCUUUUCAGUGGUGACCCAUGGUGGAGCUUGUCGUUGUUGCUGUACCGCGGCCCCGGGGGGCCCCGGGGGGCCCCGGGGCUGGUCCGGGCCGCUGCCGCGGGCCUUCAGACGGGAGCCAGAAUGAGAGAACACGUGUCUGCACCUUCACGGCCCGCAACGCCGCUGUUCUUGAAUGGCAUCUGCUGUGAAAACUUUAAUUCUUUAAAGGUUUGAGCACUUGAGCGAUGGAUAGAGACCAGAUGUUUGGCUGUCAGGGUUCUCCUCAGGGUCCAGGUUUUGAGUUUGACCACAAAUUCUCUUGUUUCCUUCAUUUCUGCACCGUUCUAUCAGAACUUUGGCCGUGUUUGACCUGGAAGUCAGUCUGGUUUCCCAGCUGAAGCGCGUGUGUAAUAUCUGCAGCCUGGCGGUUAGAACCGGCCCCGGUCUUGGAGUCCCUGAAACGGCCGUUUCCAUCGGUGCAGAACGUACCGAACCGGUGGCAGGGGGGGGGUGGGGGGGAUGGGCUUUAACCGACGGCUCCUACAAGAGCAGCGUUUCUCUUAGUACGGGGCACAACCGCGGGGCCACCGCUUUGCUCCUUCAGCCCAAACGUAUCCAAACGUAUCCAAACGUAUGCCAUAUUGGAUGUUCAAGACUGUGCUGUAAACUAAUACAAGUAAAUGGACUUAUUUUCAUAAAGAGCCUUUCUACAAAGACAUGUACGUUUUACGUCUCAUUUAUUCAUUCACACACGCACUAAUAUACUUGGGAAACAGUUAGGCACCAAAUAUAAUAUAUUUAAUUUAAUCAGAUGGUAAAAAUAAGAACUUUAUUUAUCCCACACAGGAGUAAUUCAUGUUAUAUCAGCUAUAGAGAACAAGGUAGUGCCGAAAAACAAUAUAUAUCCCCCCUCACAAAAAUAAGAAAAAUAGAGAAACAUAUUUUCUCAUCAACAAAACAUGUUAUUUUAUUGUCUGAAAAAUGGUUCAAAUAUGUUAUUUUGUUACUUGAACAUUUUAAAAUAUGUUUCUUUGUAGAAAGGCGCUUUAUGAAAAUAAGUCCAUUUACUUGUAUUAGUUUCCAGCACAGUCUUGAACAUCCAAUAUGGCGGCGACGUUGACGUCCGGCUCAGUGCUGGAUGCGGCGUCUACGUGUCUAUGUCUAUGGUAUGACCGUUGUGGAGGAGGAGCAGGAGCCGCUGGCUGAACCCACCGUCAAUCAAUCAUAUUCAAAGAACCACAGCCCGGGAGUUAGAUGGUUGGCACUGGUUCUCCCCCCCCAGAGCUGCUGCAGAGCUGCUGGUACCAGCCCGGGUCACCAGACAGAGCUGCUGGUACCAGCGGGACCAGGCUCACCAGGCUGUCCCGGAGAACCGGGAGCUUUGUUCCCCGGCUGGUGUUUCACGGGCCUGGGAAGUUCUGGCGCCGCAGGCGUCGGGCCAACGCUCCUCCACCUUCAGUGCAUUCACAUGGGAAGUUUGAUUCUUCUUUAAUUCAGAAUUAAAAUUAAAUCUGAUUUAAAAUUAGUAAAAAUUACCAUGUAAACACCUAAUUCUGAAUGAAAAUGGCCAUUCCGAAUUAAACUUAAUUCCAAAGUAAGGGGCUGGUUUAUUCAGAUUUUUAUUUUAAUAAUUCUGCGAUUAUGUUUACACUCAUUCCUCUUUAAAUUAAUUCCGGUCUUUCUUUCUGCUCGUUCCCUCGCCCGUCUGUCUCCAUGACGCUUAUAUUCCGCGCUGGGCUGGUUUUCCAAACAAAGUUUCAAGAUGCAGCAGCAGUAAACGCUGGUCAAGAGCAGAGACCAUUUAUUUAAUAAAUAGAAAUAAUUAAAAGAACAGAUGGAAACAGGAAACAUCAAAAUGGUGAGCUUUCCAAAGUUGUAACGGCUAAGUUAGUUUUUCUUCUGGUAGACAUAACCUCCGGUAAACGUCUUUACGUAAUACGUAAAGACGUUUACCGCCUUCCCAAUCAGAACCUUCCCAACCCCCAGACCUGAAGAGGAAUUGGAGAAAGACCAUCAAACGUGUUUUCCAUGGAAACCUCAAUUCAGAAUUACUAUUUCCAUGUAAACUCGAAGGAAAAUAGUUUAAUUCUGAAUGAUUUAAUUCGGAAUAAUUAAUUCCGAAUUAAGAUAUAGAUAUCUUAAGCCCCAGAUAUACUUGCAUAUUUCUUGCGUUCACGUCCGUUCCCGUGCAGCACCAACUGCAACGUCGCUCGUGUAGUACGUGAGGAGAGCGCGUGGUACCGGCGGUGACCGAUAGGGGGCAGUAAGCAGAGCAACAGUUGGAAAAGUGAUUAAAUAUUUAGUAGCAGUGGUAGUAGAACGUGCACGUUGGCGCGUCAAAUGAAUGCAGGAUACGCGUGGCGGCCAUGAUGCGUACGCGGUCUGAACUGCAAGUAUAUCUGGGUUCUUAAUGUGCACCAAAGCAUUUUUGUUAUUGCUAUUAAGGGUAUUUUGACUUGGCAGGUAUUUCUAAAAGAUAAUUGUGGUUGGAAGUGGCCAGAGAAGUGUUUUUGUUGUGUGCUCCCGCCGCUGAUGCUGGACUCGUGACCACACAGAUGCUGCUGCUCCUGCAGCUCCUGCAGCUACUGCAGCUGCUGCAGCUCCUGCAGCUCCUGCAGCUCCUGCAGCUCCUGCAGCUGCUGCAGCUGCUGCAGCUGCUGCAGCUACUGCAGCUCCUGCUGCAGCUCCUGCAGCUCCUGCUGCAGCUCCUGCUGCAGCUCCUGCUGCAGCUGCUGCAGCUCCUGCAGCUCCUGCAGCUCCUGCAGCUCCUGCAGCUCCUGCAGCUGCUGCAGCUGCUGCAGCUCCUGCAGCUGCUGCAGCUCCUGCAUCUGGGCCCAUCGCAGCCUCGCAGCUUUAACGCUUGGGAUGUGGAUCAGAGGAGCAGAGCGUCUGAUCCUUCCAUUCGCCGUCGGGAUUCACCUGCACCCUGAACCCCAGAGCUGCGGGGUAGCCGGCCGUUAGGGCGGCGCUGUUACCCAGGUCGUCUCUCGCCCGUCACACAAGCACACGCCUUAGUUUCCUGCUACGAGACGGCAGGAACACCUGACUGGCGGGUCACGGCUCCUUGUGUUAGUUUGGGGGGGGAUUCACCAGGAUGGGUUGGGUCGUUUCAGGGAUGGAACUGACCCGGAUGGCUUAAGGGUUAAACUGGGAACCUGCUUCUGUCCUCGUUCCAGCGCUCGCCCAGUCUCACAACAACUCUUCUAAGUGUUUUACAAGCAUCUGACGACAUUCAGGUGGACAACUAUAUUCCACUUUGCAGUAUUUGUGCCUCAAUUUAUUUUCUUUUUAUUUAUCUAUUUAUUUUAAAUCUUAAGUGAUGAUAAUAAAGGGGCCAUAUCAUGCUUUAUGGGCUUUCUCGUUUGUUUAGUGUUUUCUCCAGUGUGUUUUUUUUCUUCCAGUGGCGGUAAAAUCUACGUCAGUACGGACGAGUAUUAGGACCAGGCAGGAGAAAACUAAAAAUAAUAUUUUAUAGGAGGAAGAUUUUAUUUUCAUUAUACACUUCGAGAAAAAAGUCGAAAUGUUGAGAAAAAAGUCGAAAUGUCGAGAUUAAUGUUGAAGUACAAUUUCAAGAAAAAAGUAGAAAGGUUGAGAAAAAAGUAAAAAUUUCAUGAAUAAAGUUGAAAUAUUGAGAAAAAAAUGCAACACUCAUUUUUUUAAUGAAUUUUAAUUUAAUUUUUUAUUUUUUUUUUACAGAU